AUGUCCAGUUCAACAGGACACCGCGAUGCUGCGGUACAGCAUCGGACGGGAUCGAAUCAUUCUGGUGGUAUGGAUGAUAUGAGUAUAGUCACAGUGGCGGCUAAUGCUGGAUUGAAGUUCGUCAAAAAACACUACGUUAUAUCAUCCAUGUACAUCAUCGGGUUACUGGUGGCGCUUUUUGGUACCGGUUUCCACGUGGACCCAAUCACAGCCGCACGGUAUGAUCAAACCUUGGAACAUAUCGAUGUAGUGCAGGGCCGUCAGUAUAGAUCAGUUAUGCAAAAGUUGGAUAGAGCUGAAAGAGAUUACUACAAUAGUAAAGGGUGGUUCUCAUGUAAUGACGAGUGCCAGGCUAAUUACCAAAAGGUUCAAGAUUUGAGGGACCAGAAGGCAGUAGUUGAAUCCAAGAUAUACGAUUUACAGCUUGACGCUAAAAAGACGGUGGGUUUAUGGUCAAGCUAUGCUGCACAGGAUAUGAGGAAGGACUUCUGGAAUUCCUGGAAUGCUGGCAAGGACACGGCGUCUCAUUGGACUCUCUGGGAUGCAUUAUUCAUAGUAGCAGGUGGCGAUUCUAGAGAUGAGACUCUGGUAUCUAUGAUAUUACAGACAGUGUUACAGUACAUCAUGAAUUUAACAGUUGGCCUUAUAGCAGCUAUAGGCGCAUUUGUCACUACUGUACCAGUGGCUAUCGCUUCCUAUGGUCCUGGUCUUAUUGAAG